CACAGCCGUCACCGCAGCCGCAGCCUGCCAGCUGAAACCUGCCUGUUCUUCUUAAAAGUUGAGUAUAAUAUCACUUAUGUUUACGGUCUGGUGUGAGCGAGGGCUUAAUCAUAUUACUCCACACACAUUGAUGUGAACUGGCCGAGCUUUGCAGAGUUAACAUAGUAACCUAACCGUGCUGUUAUACUUUUGUCUGUACGAGAGGGCUUAAAGUUGUGAGGGUCGCUACACCUUUCAGCUGAAGGUGCAGACCUCCCGCAGACACGGAGCUAAAGGACAUGUUACUCCGCCUGAGAGCCGGGAUGUGACGGACAGCAGCCAGCAUUUCACUUUGACUUUGUGUCGUCAACAGUUGGGUGGGGCUCCGGCCAAUACAUGGAGUCAGCCUGUUGGUGUAUGAGUGAAAGUAGAAGUACUCAGGUCUUUUACUUGAGUAAAAGUACAAGUACUCAGGUCUUGUACUUGAGUAAAGUAGAAGUACUCAGGUCUUGUACUUGAGUAAAAGUAGAAGUACCAGAGUGUAGGAAUACGCUGUUACAGUAAAAGUCCUGCAUUCAAAAUGUUCCUCCAGUGAAAGUAGAAAGUACUCUCAUCAAAAUGUACUUAAAGUAGCGACAGUAAAAGUAGUCAUUGUUUGAUUGGUCCAUUUCAGAAUAAUAUCUCUGAUAUGUUUUAUAAUAAUUGAUCAUUAAAGUGUUCUCAGAGCUGGUAAAGGUGCAGCUAGUUUGAAUGGCUUUGUAUACUGCAGGGUAGCUGCUGAAUUUACUCCAGGUGAACUACAGUCUGAUUUAAGGGUUCAGUAUAUCUACCAUCAUUAACCCAGAUCUGUAAAGUAACUAAAGGGAUUAAACCAGUGUAGUGGAGUAAAAGAACACGAUUUACCUCUGAAUUGUAGUAGGGUAGAAAGUAGUAGGCCUAUAACAUGGAAAUACUCAAGUAAAGUACAAGUACAUCAACAUUUUUAACAUAUUAUUAAGGUUGGUGAAAACCAGUAAAUAAAGUGGAUCAUAACAGAUACAGAAAUGUGUUAAUAUAAAUAAGAAUAAUUUUGUGUAGUAAAAGUACACCAUUAACCUGUGAAUUGGGGUGGAGUAGAAGUACAAAGUAGCAGAGCAUGGGACUCAAGUAAAGGGCUGUUGAUAUAUUGUUUGAUUUUAAGUGUGUCUAUUAUCUCUAUUAUGUUUAAUCACAUUUACAUACUUACAGUACACCCUUUAUUGAAUGGCAACCCCUGUAACACUUACUGUAUGGCCAGAUCUUUGACCAAACACAGGAUUAAUAGCAUGCUGAUGUUGGGGAGGGAUGGGUGAUAAUGAGCUCUGUCUGUCCCUGCAGCACCAUGAGUCUGCGAGAGAUCAAUGAGAACGUGAAGCUGGCCCGCGAGUACGCCCUGCUGGGAAACUACAGCUCGGCCAGCGUUCUCUAUCGCGGAUUGCUAGAACAGAUCAAGAAAUAUGUGUACACCAUGCGGGACAGCAGCUAUCAGCAGAGAUGGCAGCAGUUAUGGCAAGAAGUCAGUGAAGAGAAUGGACAAGUUCAGGACAUAAUGUCCACUUUGGAGAACUUCCAGCUGGACACAACACCUGCUAAACCCAGCAACCACGAAGACAGUGACAUAAGGCCUGUGCACGUGGAGCAGAGACAUUCUCCAUGUCCCAUGAGGCGGCCAGGUAAUGCCAAUAAAGAAAGUAAAGCCCCCAACAACAGGCUGAGUGUGGCUGUGAGGGCCCAGCAGAGGCACUCCCCCCGCGGGGCAAACGGGGACAAAAGCAAACAUUCCAAGGGCAAAGAAAGGAAGGAGGCCGGGGGCAAAGCAAAGGAUGAUAAGAACAAAGCUGACAUCCAGGAGAAAGAAGUGAAGAGGUUUGACGGAACCGGGUAUGACAAAGACCUGGUGGAAGCUCUGGAGAGAGAUAUCAUAUCUCAGAAUCCAAACGUCAAGUGGGACAACAUUGCAGACUUAGAAGAUGCAAAGAAACUUUUGAAGGAAGCGGUCGUGUUGCCGAUGUGGAUGCCGGCUUUUUUCAAAGGCAUACGAAGACCAUGGAAGGGAGUGCUUAUGGUGGGACCUCCUGGCACAGGGAAAACGCUUUUGGCUAAAGCCGUUGCUACCGAGUGCAGAACCACAUUUUUCAAUGUCUCCUCCUCUACUCUCACCUCCAAGUACAGAGGGGAGUCUGAGAAGCUGGUCCGCCUUCUCUUUGAAAUGGCACGUUUCUACGCCCCCACUACAAUCUUCAUUGAUGAGAUCGACUCCAUGUGCAGCCGCAGAGGGACGUCAGAGGAACAUGAGGCCAGUCGCAGAGUGAAGGCGGAGCUGCUGGUGCAGAUGGACGGUGUGGGCGGAGCCUCAGAAAACGAUGAUCCAUCAAAGAUGGUGAUGGUGCUGGCUGCCACCAACUUCCCAUGGGACAUCGACGAGGCUCUGAGGCGGCGGCUGGAGAAGAGGAUCUACAUCCCGCUGCCUUCACACGCAGGUCGGGUGGAGCUGCUCAAGAUCAACCUGAAGGAGCUGGAGGUGGCCGAAGACGUAGACCUGGACAAGAUCGCAGAGCAGCUGGAGGGUUACUCUGGAGCUGACAUCACCAACGUGUGCAGGGAUGCCUCUCUCAUGGCCAUGAGGCGAAGGAUCGAGGGCCUCACACCAGAGGAGAUCCGGAACAUUUCCCGGGAUGAAAUGCACAUGCCCACCACCAUGGAGGACUUUGAGUCUGCUCUGAGGAAAGUGUCCAAAUCUGUGUCUGCAGCGGACCUGGAGAAGUAUGAAAAAUGGAUCGAAGAGUUUGGGUCUUGCUGAACCCCCAGCAUCAGAGUGUCUCAAUCAUUCAGGAGAGAGCAGCCUGCAGGUCCACUCACUACUCUACAUUAUGUUAAUGUUGUAAAAGUCCUUCAACUUGAUGAUUCCUCACAAAUGAAGACAUUUCUAACUUGUGUUAAUGAUCCUGAAAUCUUCCACAUGUAGCUUAGAGACACUUACAGAUGUUUUACGUGUCAUAGUGGUUAUCUUUGUACAGACAAUGAGAUGCUCAGCGAGCAGCCAAUCAGUGUCACACGUGUUGUUUUCCAUUUAUAAUGCAUUUGUUUUUAUUUAAACAGUUUGGUUCUUUCACAUUUUUGAAUUUAACACUGACAAGAUAUUUAUGUAAUUAAAGUUAACAAUGAUCGUGCUAUAAAACUAUUAUAUUAA